AGUUGCUACAGUGUGUUGGUUCCGUCGACGUGCCGGUAAAAAGUUAGAUUCUACGCUUUUCAGCUCUAUUUUUAAGGAUAAAACUGGUUGAAUUUUGCGGCUGAAGUACUCAGCAGUGCGUCGUUUGGCUCAACAGUCUUCGUUUCCUUAGCAGCGGGUCUAGUUGGUAUAUCAGUUCGAUCGAAAUCAGUGUUUCUAUUUUAAAUCACCAUGGAUAACGAUAACAAUGAUCAGCAGAACAAUCGCGACCGCUCCCGUCGUAGCGAUCGUGGACGUAACAACUCCCGCUAUAGUAACGAUCGUGACCGCAGCCGCGACCGCGACCGGGAUCGUAGUGAUUGUCGGCGAAUCUACGUUUCCAACGUACCGUACGAGUACCGUUGGCAGGAUCUGAAGGAUCUAUUCCGUAAGGAGGUCGGAGAUGUGUCUUUUGUUGAGCUUUUCCACGAUGAGUCGAACAAACCGCGUGGCUGCGGAAUUGUUGAGUUCGAAAAAGCGGAACACGUCCAACUGGCGUUGGAUAAGAUGAAUCGCUUCGACAUCAACGGGCGCCAGCUGGUUAUCAAGGAGGACUACGGUAACGAGCGGGACAAAUACGGUCGCGUCGUACCCAAGUCAUUCCGUGGCAAUGAACGCGAUGGUGGCAACGACAAUCGUCGGCGCGAUCGAGAUGACGACCGAAUCUCGGGACGUGACGAUGGCGUUGGCUUCAAUCCGGACUUCAAUACCUACGGUCUCAGCAUCAAGUUUUUGGAAGGUCUCGGUAUUCAGGGGCCUCUGCAUACCCGUAUUUUCAUCGCGAAUCUUGAUUACAAGGUCGAUGCUAAAAAGCUGAAGCAAGUUUUCAAGCUUGCCGGUAAGGUCCAGAAUGUGGACCUCUCCGUCGACAAGGACGGCAACAGUCGAGGUUUCGCAGUCAUUGAGUACGAUCAUCCGGUGGAAGCCGUUCAAGCUAUUUCGAUGUUCGAUCAUCAAAUGUUGUUCGACCGUCGCAUGACCGUCCGCCUCGAUCGCGUGCUGGAGAAGGGCGAAUUGAACCGUCUGCCGGAAGGUUUGAAGGGUGUCGGCAUCGGUCUGGGACCGAACGGUGAACCUCUGAAGGACGUUGCCCGCAAUCUCCCAUCGCUGCAGCAAAAUAAUCAACUUCAGAACAAUCCCAUCCAGAAUGCGGCUCCUACUCCGGUUCAACCUCCACUCGCUGGCAAUUUGCUUGGGGCAGCCGGUAGUAAUCUUUCUGGGCUGAAUUCGAAUCUUGCUGCUCAGUUGAGCAGCGUGGUUGGUCUGUCCAAUUUGACCGGUAAUUUGCAAAAUUCUAUCUUGAGCAAUGCGGCAGCAGCCGGUCUGUCAAACUUAACUGGCUUGGGUAACUUGGGAGCUGCUGCUGGCGCCGGUGGGCUUGGCGGUGGUGGUCUUGCGGGACUCGGUGGAUCUGGGGCAUCUGCGCUGGCCGGUUUAGGUUCGCUCGGCGGCGGUGGUGGCGGAGGCGGUGGCAACGACAGUGGUCUGGGCGGUGGCAAUUUCAACCAAAAUUAUUCGUCUGGAGCAUUCGGCGGUAGCGGUGGAGGUAACCGCGGAGGAAAUGACUAUGAUCUCGGAUCUUCCAACGUCCGUAACUACAGCACUGCACCGAAUGAUGAUUAUGGUCGCAAUUACGGAAAUAUCAAUAAUGGCAACCGGAAAGUCUCCGACACGAUUAUCAUUCGUAACAUGCCAUCCUCGUGGACUUGGCAGACAUUGAGAGAUAAGUUCCGCGAUGUUGGGGAAGUUAAGUUCGCUGAAAUUCGUGGUCAGGAUACGGGAGUUGUUCGCUUUGCCAAAGAGCGAGAUGCCGAAGUUGCCAUAAAACUUAUGGAUGGUUCGCGUUUCGAUGGUCGCACCGUUGAUGUCACUUUCUUCUAAGUAUAAUCGAGUAUUUCAGCACUUUUGUCCUGAGAACCCUUCCGUAAUGUUAAAAUGCUUUGCCAGCAACACAGCAUUUUGCGCGUGAAUUGUAUCGUGUGGGUGUGGUUGCGAUUGUGGACCUUUGAGUACGAAGUUUUUCAGUUAGUUUCUGGUUUUAUUUGACAAUCGCGGUAUUGCAGCAUAUUUUGGAGGAUACUCUGAGCGUGAGGACAUUUUAUUCUCCGCUAAGUCUUAAGUUUUAGUUGGGUCAGCUUUUUUCCGGCGUUGAUUUUCCGACGUAGCAACACUCAAAAUAGUUUCGGUUGACAACUUCGUAUUGGCUGGAUUUUUUUUAAAGGGAUACGCUUAUAUUACUUUAUAGGACGAAAUUGAAUGAUCGAAGUUCUUGGUUCGGUUUCCACACACAUUCAUACAUAAACACUUAGCAUAAGUGACACUACUUAAUAUUAGCGCGUAGACGUUGCUUUUCUCGUAUAUCACUAGAAAGCUGUAUUGACGAAAGUAAAGGAAACUACAUUUUUCUUUGUUCCAUACAUUAAUGCUGUUAGCUGCGUCACAUCGUUGACGCUAACUGUAUCCACUUCGAAUCGAGUUGAAUACAAAUGGUAACUAUACAAAAGUAAGCUAAACACCAUCAGUGGUGUGCAUGACUAAUAAACAA